CCUUAAGUGAUAUUUUUGCGCCUGUAAUUAAUCAGUAUUCGAUUAAAAUUGUCAAGUUUCUUUUAUCCCAUAAACCACACUCUUAGGCUAUUUUAUAUCCUUUCAUAAGAAAAACAUUUUACAGCUGCUUGUGUUUCUCCGAGUUUAUCUGUCCUGUCUUGCAGACGCUUAGGAUUCUCUCAAAUCGUCUACAAGUUUUUAAAGAAAUAUCCCAAUGUAUUCCCCGCACACCUACCAAGCCUACAGGCCUCCAAGGCCUUCCAGUCAUGAGGACUUCUACCGUUCCCUAAGCCAAGAGAAUUACCGUACAAUUGGCAAUUACGGAUAUCUGUCCCGCGACAAAUACCGGACUCCGGUCUGUAAUAAUUUCGGGUCUUUACCCCGUAGCCAGUACCGAUCCCCUAGCCGUGAUGUCUUUCGAGCCAUAACUCGUGAUAGUUAUCGGUCCCCAAGUUACGAUAACAAUGUUUACCCGAUCUAUCGUGCUGCCAGUCGGAUCCCUGUCCGUAAUGCUCCGACAAACUGGAUUUCUCUGAGGAAGAGGAUGUCAGAGCCUUACAUGUGGAAGGAGCAAAUUCACACACUGAUGAAGGGUGGAGAGAGCGAGUCCGACAUUUCGGACUCUGAGCACUUCCUCACCAAAGGGGCUUUCCUUAUCACUCCGUCUCAUGGCCUCAGCAUGGAGAAGGCCUCCACCAUUUGUGAGAAAAUGGAGUUUAAGGGCUGCUUCUCAUUGACCAAGACAGCAACGGGCAUCCUGUUCAAGUUCUCCAACGUUGAUGAUUACCAGAUGGUCUUCAAGAAAGGCUUUCACAAAGUUACUGGAUCCAGGUUUUAUAGGAAGAUUGCCAUCCCGUGUCGGCCGCAGAAGACGUUUACGAUCUACGUAUACGAUAUCCCUGACGAGGUCCCGGAAGAGGACGUCCGCCACGCCCUCUAUAAGUUCACCUCCAUUGUCGAGGUCAUUCGUUUGCAUUUCUCCGGAUCCUCUAGGGAAGGAACUUCAACCCCAAAAUCGUCCCUGGACAAAACUUCUCCUCGGGCCUUGACCACCAUCGACGGCGAGCUGGUCAGCAGCAUGAUCCCAAAAGAGGCCAACAGCGUCAUCCGCGUCACGCUAGCCAACAUCGAAGAAGCAAACAUUCUUCUCCAGAACGGCCUAGACUUUUAUGGAGCUACAUUCUUCCCCACGGAGUUGGCAACUCCGGGGCAGGCUGCCAAAUUGAUUAAACCUAGCAAAGUUACAGGUGGGACAGUUUCUGCGCGUGUCCGUGACCUUCUCCCGGUCUUCGAUCAGCAGGGUUUCUCGAAGUUCGCCCCACCUGCCUCGAGAAUCGUUAAGCCCACUCGAGCUAAGUAGAUUUGAUGCGGACUGGUGAAGGGUACAUGGGGAACGGUUUAAAUGGCUGUACUCGAAGAAACACAUGCGUAGUAUAACGUAACUUAUGUACAGAACGCCCAAGAUAUCUGUAUCACAAUGAAUAUAUAUCAUAGGCCAAAAGAUAUUAUCAUUUUUUUUAUUCAUAAGGAUCUAUGUUGAACUUGAACUUCUAAAUUGUCAAUAACAAAAGUACUAAACUAAACUUAAUCAGUAGAUUAGUGCAAACACAAUUGUGUUCUGAAAUGGUUAUAGAAUCAUAUUCAGCGACUGUCCGUUCAUUUACCUGCAAGCAUAGGCAAUUUAUUUUUAUGUUUUUUUUAUUAAACACCCAUUAUUAAGUCCCCGAGGGUGCAAUAGGUCAGAUCUGCAAAAUGACAACUUUUCAGGAGCUUUUUAGUUUCAGGGUUUACAGAUUCUACGAAAUUAGAUGAUAACUUAUAACGAUAACGACUUUACUACUGCCACCAAGGAAGUAUUGCCAAUGUGAUCAUUACUGUGUUCUGGUUUUGAAGGGUAAGGGUGCUGGUGAAAUUAUAGGCACAUGAGACUUGUCAACUUAUGU